AUGUCAGACCAAACAAAGGUCGUAGCAAUUGCCCUCUUUCUAAUCUUUUUCACCCUCUUCCUCAUCUACAUGACCUACCCACGAAACAUCUUCUACCGGUUAAAAGCUCGACGCAUUGCCGCUCAGAGAAACCGCACAUCUGUUCCCCCGGCGGGCCAACCCCAGGACCGCGACAUCGAGAUGAACAAGUACCCCUUGCGGUACCCGGACCCAGUAAUCACAAAGGGAAAUCACAAAUCAGAUGCAUGGCAACUGCGCAAUCCGAUUCUGCCGCCGGCGGCGUCGAUUCUGACGAGACGAAGUCGGCCAUCCGAGGAUUGGCCUUUGAGAACCACAAAGCCGGUGGUGGUGGUGAAGAGGAGACAGUUUAUGGAUCCAGAUGAGGAUGAUUUGAAGUUUGCUGGUGCGGGUGGUGAUCUUGAGGGGUUUCCUUAUCGGGUUUGA